CUACUAACUAACAUUCAAACAAACUAACAUGAUGACUAAUGAGUAAUGUACUAAUGUCCAGAAACAAAUCCAUCUUAUUCCAAGAACUUGCGUGUCGCGACGGCUGAGCCGCUGAGUAGCUGACGAGUGAAGAAGGAUACACUUAUGUGCUGAAUAGACAUAGUGAUUCCACAAGUCGAGACACACGACGUUGUCCAAAAGUCUUAUUCAAAUAUUUUUUAAAAUUAUAAAAAUGACUAAAUACACUAUCAUAUUAGGAAUAAGUGAUUUUAUAUCCAUGUUGUUUGAAUAAUUUUAUUUAUAUACGUUAGAGAUCACUAUUGAUUUAAGUAUUGUUGAGGGUAAGUCCCGUAGAUCCGAAAGCCCAACACGAACUUUAGAUAUAUCAGGAAUGGCCCAGAAUCAAAGUGUGUGAGAAAAUAUAAAAUCUGAAUUAACUAGAACUCGAAAACCCACUUGUAUUAAUUAACCAAUCUGAUUACAAAAGAUUUCCCGAUCAGUAAGUCAAAAACUAUGCUUUAAUACAAGAAAUAAGAGCAAAUGAUGCUAUUCUAGAGCUUGAGUAUCGAAAAUCUAACCCUUACAAUGACUUGAAACCUUCUAUUUAUACUAAUGGAGAGCAUGGGCUGCCUCUUGCUGAUUGGCUGUUGUUCCACCGACUUGGUCAUCCAUGCUUCCACUUGCUGAUGUCAUAGUCUGGCAUUAACUGCACCUGGCCACUUGCUGGUUGGCCGUUGUUCGAACGGGAUGUUGGUCCGUACUGAAGAUGCUGUCAAAUUGGCCCAAGUAUGAUAUAUAGCCCGAACCUCGUUCGGUAUGUUUUCUUAUUGGGCCAACCUUUAUUAGGGCCGAACCCCGUUCGGUAUGUCUCCUUACUGGACCUUUUCAUCAUGGAGUGAUGGGCCUGUUACUUGGGCCGGAUGCCUUGGGCCUUCCCGAUCUGGGUAUUGGGCCUCUAGGUCAAUAUCCCAACACAAGUCCCCCACUUCCGAUGUCUCGAACGAAGUGAGUGCAUCAGGAAGUAUACCAAUGUCAUAAUACCCCGAAUGGCGAUCGGGGUACAGAAGUAAUCAGUUCCUCAUGCUGCGAUUUGACGGCUGCCGCUUCAUUUCCCCAUAUUCACCAUGAUAAUCGUCGUUUAGUCUUUUCAUUAGACGCGUGUCUAGCUUAAAUGCCCCUAGUGAUGUGUCGCUCUCUGAUUGGUUCUCGACACGACGGUUUCAAGGCUAUAAAUUAGCCCUUAAUUCCUCGAUUCCGGGUUUCGACUCUGCAAUUCCUUGGCCUUCGUUGUUUUCUCUGCAAAUUUCCCCCUGCUUCCCUUGCUCAGGUAACUUCCCAACCUUGGAUUCCCCAUCUUCAUUUCUGGCUUCGAUCGAGAUGAGCCCCACAGAGCAUUCUUCUGAUUCGGAGAUGGCCUCUCAUGGGGAUGACCGUGACACCGCCAUGGUAGAUGCCAUCCCAGUUCCGUUUGCCGGUGUUUCUACCGAGACGGCGACGAAUACCAGGGCUGAGGCGGAGGACCUCCCUAGCACUUCUUCUUCCUCCAGUGAGGAUUCUGACGACACCAAGUCUGAGGACGAAUUGGCCUCCAUGGCGGCCGGACGUCCCAACGAUGUUCCUCGCCAUACUCUUGACCUAAAAUUGAUUAGGGAGAGGAGGCAAAAAUUGACCUCUCACAAUAGGGCCGAAAUUCCGGCCCUUAUCCCUGACCCGGUGGAUUUCCGUUUGCAAGCCGGGCUUCAUCCAAUGCGUCAUAGGCCCGGAAUGACCAUAGUCCACUUUGACUCAAUUAGGACCGGCCUUAGAUUUCCGCUACACCCUUUCUUUAUUUCUUUCAUUAAUUUCUACCAAAUUGUACCGACCCAGAUUAUGCCGAACUCUUAUCGAGCAAUGGCGGGUUUCAUUUGUCGUUGCAAAGAUGCCGGCGCCCGACCAACCUUAGAACUCUUCCACCAGUUCUUCAAAGUAGCCCCUCAACAAACCCAUGGCUAUCUGGCCACUAGUGCCCGAACGGGACACAUCCUGUUCAAAGGAAACCCAACUUCGAUCAAAGGGUGGAAAGACCGGUUUUUCUUCGUGUCCAUCCCGGACGGUCUGAUUCCCCGCAAGUGGAAUGCUUUUCCCCGCAAGACCCCUGAUCCUGUCCUGACUGAAGAAAUCUACAAGGACGUGCUCGCUGUGGAGAAGGAUAAAUGCAUGGACAUCAUGAAUUAUCUAACCCCCGAACGACUUAUACCAGCCGGGAUAGGUACUGCCCGUUCUCUUGGGUUUACUUGUUUUGAUAAACCAAGUGCCUUGGUCCGGGCGGUCCUUCCCGUGCGAGAAACGUUCCUUUAUUCUUUUUUCUAGUUUCUCACACGCUAGGGCCGCUCGAUACUAACAUUGUUCUUUGCCUUUUUUCAGCACCCAACCCAGAUCUUCCCAUGGAUGAUAGCAGAGUCAUCGCAGCCGGUGGGGGCGGAAAGCGGAAAAAAUCCCGGAAGAACCCCCAACCUACUCCCACCAUUGUUCCCGCUCAGGAGGCUGCCCCUUCUCAACCGCUCCCAGAACCUCAGCCAAUUCAGCAGGUCCACCAGGAUCAACUAGAGGCCAUGCUGCUUGAUGAUCGGUUCGGUUCUGACCAACUGCACCAAUUUUCCCAGCAUUUCGACUCCGUUCGGGGGGAAUCCUCGAAUGCUGGUGAGACACAUACUGACCACAUUACGGGUCAGGUCGAGCGGAUCUCCCUAUCCGACCCUGUUCAUGAGGUUUUAGAGAGGGCUGGAUCUACUGCGAGCCAGAUCUGGUCUACCUCCUCCUGGUUUAACAACUUUUCCCUCCCUCAGUUGCCGGUCGAGCAAUCUGAGGAAUGUUUGGCUCUGACUGCUCUGAAGGUACGUUGUCUCUUGCGCUUUGUCUUAAUUUUAUUCUCUGUCAUCAGUACUAAUUCUCGAACGGUAUUCUGUAGAUGGGCUUGUACACCCUUCAGAUGCGGGAGGCCCGCCUGGCCAAAGAGCGGGAACUGAUUGUUGCCCAGUCUUCUGCUGAGCAACAUGCUGCUGCUGCCGUCGCCUCUCUGGAGGCCGAACGGAAAACCUUUGCUGAGGAAAAGCAGAGGCUGGAUGCUGAAGUCGGUACCCUUCGGGUCCAACUCGCAGCUUCCCAGGCGAAGAUCCUUUCCGCUGAGGCAGCUCGGGUCAGAUUCGAAGAACUGCCAUCCAGUAUCCCGGACGGUCCCUACGAAGUGAACGUGGAUCUGUCCACCGUCCGGGACAUGUUUAAAUCCUCCGAUGAAUUCUCCCUCAUCAAGGAUGAACAUGCCAGGGCCCAAAUCCCGUUCGCCUUUGGGGCGUAUUUGAAGGAUUUCCCCAAAGGUGCCGGUCGGCUAUCGGCCGGGGUGGCCCUCUUGGAUAAGGACCCGGAGGCCAAGAAAUGGAACGACUCCAUUGUCUCCGAUCUUUAUGGCAAAAUUGGCCAGGUCUUGCUGCGUCCCUUCAUCACUCAGCUCCAAAAUCAACUGGGGAGACCGGUUCAGGCCUCUGAUCUCCCCACAGAUGACAUCAUCCAGGCGCAGUUCGAGAAAUACCUGCGAGCCCAGCAACGGGAAGCUGAUCUAGCUGCGGGAAAAGAGCCUGAACCCCCAUCUGAUGAUGAUGAGGAUGAGGAUGAAGAGGGAGAUGACAUGGCCCCCAGUCAAUAAUUCAUAUGUACUUUUUCAUUACUUGUUGUAAUUUUCUUUUUCUCUAAAUAGCUUGUACUUCCCGGUCAGUAGAACCGACGAAUAUAUAUCCCUCUUUUGUCUGAAACUUUCUGUGCUGUCUUUUCUGUUUUCAAUGCAUGAUUUACUCGUCAUUCGGGAUUCGGCCUGUUCUGUAGGACUUAGCAAUUUCCUAACUUAUUCCUUGCUCAAAUAUUCUUAAUGCCGUUGAUAGCCGUUCGGGCUUCAUACCAAAUUUUAGGACUUAGCAGUUUUCUCGGUUUUCUUUGCGCUUGGACUCCUUCAUAACAUUGAUAGCCGGUCGGGCUUCAAACCAAUUUUUAGGACUUAGCCAUUCUCCUCCAGAUGACCUUUUAUAAUACUGUCGGCCGGUCGGGCUUCGGGUUAACAUUUAGGCCUUAGCAUUUUUCUUCCAGAUAACCUUUUAUAAUACUGUCGGCCGGUCGGGCUUCGGGUUGACAUUUAGGCCUUAGCAUUUUUCUUCCAGAUACCCUUUUAUAAUACUGUCGGCCGGUCGGGCUUCGGGUUGACAUUUAGGCCUUAGCAUUUUUCUUCCAGAUAACCUUUUAUAAUACUGUCGGCUGGUCGGGCUUCGGGUUGACAUUUAGGCCUUAGCAUUUUUCUUCCAGAUACCCUUUUAUAAUACUGUCGGCCGGUCGAGCUUCGGGUUGACAUUUAGGCCUUAGCAUUUUUCUAAACAGCAAGCCCCUGUGGCUUUUGCUAAUCCUCUGUAAGCCCGUCCGGGGUACGUGCACAAAAAAUGAAACAUAAAUGCCCCAAUUUUAAUCGUAAUCACCAAAUGCCACGUGUUGCUCAUGGAUUAGGGGGUCGUGCGGUGCUUUCCCUAUUUAUAGAGAGGUGCUUCCCCUAAUUCCUCCUGCUGUUUUCUCAUUUUUCUUUUGAGCUUUCUCUCUCUAGAAUUCCUUUGCAUACUCUCAAGCCUUUUCUCUCUAGAAUUCCCCAAUUUCCUCCAGCGUUUUUAUGUACUACUCCUCUAGCUCAGAAUCUGAAGAGAUGCCUUUGAUCCGCAAAAGCAAAACAUCCGCUGGUAACCAGGCCGAAGGCUCUUCGUCCCAAACACCCAAACCUGCCAAUACUCAGGUCAGCAAACAUACCGAACAGCCGCAGGAGGAUGGAUGUCUGUCGGGAGAUGACCUCCAGGUUUACAACAAGGGGAUGCCCGAACGGCCACCCCGCAUUCCCCUACAUUUCAAUCGCAUACACAAACACAAGCAACGUCUCCCAGAAGAUGUUGAACGGAAACUUAGCCAGUUGUUGCCCCCACCAAGGGAAUACUAUGCCGGAUUCAUUCGGCAUCCUAUGAGGCACAGACCGGGGCACGUGCUAGUGCACCUCGAUGCCCUGACUGCUGGACUUCGGUUCCCUCUCCACUCAUUCAUAGUGGAGUUCUUACGCCGGGUUGCUGUACUGCCCGCUCAGUUCGUGCCCAGCACCUACCGUAUUCUGACAGGCUUCAUUAUCCGGUGCCACGAGUUGAGGAUCACCCCGAGCGUCGAUCUAUUUCUUUAUCAUUACUGCUAUCAGCCCUACUGGACGACCGGGUACUUGAAGCUAGUAGCCCGUUCUGACCGUCAGCUGUUCACAGAGAACGUUACCCCCGCAGGCUGACUGGGAAGAGCGGUUUUUGUUCGUUCGGGUAGGUGAUUCUUUGCCAUUCCCGGACCGGUGGAACGCAUAUCCCGUCCGGGAUUCCCUGCCCAGGGUGGAUGCCGUUCUACGCUCCCAGGCUGAGUCUCUGCGAAUGGGAGGGACCAGAAGUCUUCGCAGCUUUGUCACUGCCUCGAGCAUGUUAUCUGCUGGAAUUGGUAAGCAUAGUAGGGUUUUAACCCGAUCAUCCUUCGCUCUCGCAAUUCAACUUUCUUAUUUUUUAUUUCUCUUUCUUGUAGGUGUGAUCUCUCCCAUACCAGUCCGGCGUUCCAUCUCCUCUGCUAAAGGGAAAGAGAAGAUGAUAGCCGAUCGUGAUUCGGCGGAGCAAACCCGAAAAAAGUGCAAAGGAAAUGAUGGCGAUCAUCUGAUCCCGAUCGACCAUGUGGUUGACUUGACCAGGCCGGAGGUUGAGCCCAAAAGAUCAGUACCUGCCAACAAACCAACUCCGGUUCUUACUGCCACACCGAUCGAUGAUCGGAUGUUUGUUGAGUUCUCAAAUAUGGGGCCCAGAUCGGAAGGGAGGUAUCUGUUCGGGUUGAUGCCAACUUCUAUGUGGUGUCAUACCGCGAUCAAAGUUCCCCCGAGCUUCACUAACUUGACUCACUGGUCGGACCUUUUCGAAGCAGGUCACCAGGAAGCACUCAAGGUACAUUUCAGUCCGACCCAUACCUUUCUAUUACUCAUGCUUUACCUUUUCUGACUUUCAUUGUAACCUUGUUUUCAGGCUGGCGUGUACUAUCACAAAGCCUUUCUCGCUGCUGAGAAGGAGAUGAAAGCCCUGGCCAGUGAUCGGGAUGACGGCCAGGUCCUUCUUUCCGCCGCUCGGAAGUUAGCGACCGACCUCCAGGAGCAGGCCAAAGAGGGUGAGAAAGCAAAAGCUGCCCUGGCCGAGAUGCAGGAGACGUCCCGUCGUCGCGACCGGGAGCUCAAAGAACUCCGGGCCAAGGUACGGGCUGCUGAAUCUGCUGGCAUUAAAUUUGAUAAGGCUGUCGGAGAUCAUCUGCCCGAACCCUACACGGUCAAUACCUCUCAGAUUGCUCAGCAAUCGGUAGUGGAUUUCCAACGGGGCAAGGCGCUGAACCUCGCUCUGGAUAAUACGGCCCGACAAUUCCUAGGUCCUCACCUUGGCCAAUUUUUGCGUGAGAGCUCAGAUCCCAUCAAGGCAGGGAUCGACCUCCUGGACAGCACGCCGGAAGGGAAAUCUUUCUUGGAUGUCCUGACCGAGAAAACCGUCAAGCAAAGUCAGGACCUGCUUCUGGAUAGGAAUCUUGAACUGAUCUUAGAGCAUUUCCCCAAGCCGUUCGAUCCUGAUGAACUAGGCUUCGAUGAUCUGUUCGGGAAUACGUAUGAUCGCGUCAUGGAGAAAAGAUCCAAAGCAGCGCCUGACGAUGCAGUGCAGGCAGGGAGCUCUCAGCCUACAUCCUCCCCGAAUGGCGAUCAUCCAUUAGUAUAGCCUUUCCUUAUCUGUUGUCUCCUUUCUUGUAUAUUUGUUUUUGUAUAUUCCGGCUAGUAACGCUGAAGAAUAAACUGGACUUUUUUCCUUUGUCUGUUGCACUUUUUCUAUUCCUUUGAUUUUGUCCACAAUCUUUUCUACAUGGCCGAACCUCACUCGGCUUAUGUAUCUUUAUAUCUGACACCUUUUCCGAACCCGUUUUGAUCCCUUUUCCUGUUCGUGAUGCACGGGUUCAAAACUCUUAGCUGAGGUGAAUUCCUCCAAGCCGUUUUGAUCGUGACCACAGGGUCAAACUCUCGGCUGGGAUAGGGGCUCCCUUCAAACUGUUAACACGUUCGACAUUCGGUCAUCCGGAAUGACUUCACGUGUUAACAAGCUGAGGUGAGACUCUUUUCAUAAUUGUUCUGACACCUUCCCGAACCCGUUUUGAUCCCUUUUCCUGUUCGUGACGCACGGGUUCAAAACUCUUAGCUGAGGUGAAUUCCUCCAAGCCGUUUUGAUCGUGACCACAGGGUCAAACUCUCGGCUGGGAUAGGGGCUCCCUCCAAACUGUUAACCCGUUCGUCAUUCGGUCAUCCAGAAUGAUUUCAUGCGUUAAUAAGCUGAGGUGAGGCUCUCUCCUUCCAAACCCAUAAUUCCGAUGCAUUCCGAACUGUUUUCUCUGGCUCGUAUCAUCCAUAUUAGGGGUCUGAGGUAACCCUUUUCGGACUGUAAGCAAGAUCGCCGAAGUUGGGUCAUUUCUUACUUAUAGCUAAAAGGGCGACUAGCUUCCAAGUCAAGUUUUAUGACUGAGGCGAGAUUUUUCAAAACCAUAGUUUCGAUUCCCCGGACGACAAUCCGUACCUUAUCCGAACGUCGCUCGGUUAAUCCAUAUCUUACAGUCUUGACACCAUCUCCAAGCCAUUUUGAUCCCUUUGCCCGUACGUAAUUACAUGGUCGACUUUGGCUAAGUUGACGACUCAGCUCCCUCCAAGCUGUUAACCCGUUCGUCAUUCGGUCAUCCAGAAUGAUUCUACGUGUUAACAAGCUGAGGUGAGAAUCACUGUCCUUCGAACUCCAGGCCAUUUUGAUCCCUUCAUCAAUGCGUAAUUACAGGGUCAAAACUCUUGCUGAAAUGUAUGGCUCCCUCCAAACUGCUAAUAUGUUCGUCAUUCGGUUUUCCAGAAUCGAUUCUCAUAUUAACCGCUGAGGUGAGACUAUCUGAGCGUCAAACUCCCAGUCGUUUGGCUGAGAAUGACCUUCCUUCCAUGGAAUUAACCCGUUCGUCAUUCGGUCAUCCGGAAUGAUUGAGUUAACCAUGGGCACCGAUUUUCUGAGCCUCAAUUCUUCAAGCCAUUUUUGAUCCCUUUAUUCUUACAUAAAUCUAGGGUCAAAAACUCUCUAAACUGAGAAUUGAUUUUCCUUCCAUGGAAUUAACCCGUUCGUCAUUCGGUCAUCCGGAAUGAUCGAGUUAACCAUGGGCACCGAUUUUCUGAGCCUCAAUUCUUCAAGCCGUUUUUGAUCCCUUUAUUCUUUCGUAAUUCUAGGGUCAAAAACUCUCUAAACUGAGAAUUGAUUUUCCUUCCAUGUUGUUAACCCGUUCGUCAUUCGGUUAUCCGGAAUGAUCGAGUUAACCAUGGGCUGAGUUUGUGGAAGUUAUGUCUCCCUCUCUAUAUUUUUUUUUAGAGGUGGCAACAGCCGUUUUUACUGAUAAAAUCUCCUCAGAUGCUCUACAUUCCAGGUUCCUUCCGGUCGGCCUUCGGUAUUUUGUAGGCCAAACGUUCCUGAAGCAUACUUCUUACAUACUUGGUAGGGGCCUUCCCAAUUUUGUGCCAUUUUGCCCCCUUCGAGCGGUUUGCUUUUCUCUCUCUUUCUUAGUACCAGGUCCCCUACCUCGAUUGAACGAACUUUAACCUGCUUAUCGAAGUAUCUUCUUGUGGCUCUGUGAUACUCUUCCAUUCGUGCCGCUGCCAGAUCCCUCCUUUCUUCUACGAAAUGCAAUUCGGCGCGUAAGUUAUCUUCAUUCUGUUCUGGGCUGUAAUGCACCGUUCGGUGUGUGGGAACUAGGAUCUCCGUUGGUACUUUGGCUUGAAAACCAUAGGCAAGGGCAAAUGGAGUCUCUCCCGUGGCCGUUCGGGGUGUGGUCCUGUAAGUCCAUAGAAUGUAAUUCAACUGAUCAGGCCACGACGAGGAGUAUUCUUCCAGCUUCUUCUUCAUGCCAUCCAUGAUGGUUCGGUUCAUAUUUUCUACCUGGCCAUUUGCCUGAGGGUAUGCGACGGAUGCUCUGGAAUGCUUGAUCCCCCAUUUGACCAGGUAGUUAUCAAAAUUCCGGCUCACGAACUGCCUUCCAUUGUCAGUUAUAAUCUAUUCAGGGAUUCCGAACCGGCAAAUGAUAUUUUUCCAAACAAACUUCUGGCAUUUUACAUCUGUGAUGCUGGCCAGUGGCUCGGCCUCUACCCAUUUGGUGAAGUAAUCUAUCCCCACAAUGAUGUACUUUUUGUUUCCGGGUGCAGUAGGUAGAGGACCUAACAGGUCUAUUCCCCAUCUUGCAAAUGGAAGGGCCACCGUCAUUGGAGUGUAGAAAGUGGCAGGCCGUCCGGGAACCGGUGCGUAUAAUUGGCAUACCUUACAUUUCCUGGUAUGCGCGAAGCAGUCCUGUUGGAUAGUUAGCCAAUAAUAUCCUUGCAAGAUGAUUUUUCUGGCCAGCGUCUUGGGCCCUUGGUGACUGGAACAGAUACCUUCAUGAAUCUCUUCCAUUACAGCUGCCGCUAGAUCGGGUGGGAGGCAUUUCAGAUACGGUCCCCCAAAUGUCUUUUUGUACAGCUGCCCGUCCACCAACUCGAACAUGGAAGCCCUCCCCUGGAUGCAUUUUAUUUGAUAAGUAGGAUUUUUAUCUUGCGGGAGGGUUCCGUCUUUUACGUAGUUGGUCAUAUCCACGACCCAGCUCGGGAUGGCGUAAGAUAUGGCCUCGAUCUGGAGAACCAUUAUUGUUGGGGUUGCCAAUGUUUCCCGAUGGGCAAAACGUUGGAUAUGAGCCGGGAUCUCCUGUGCCCGAUCGUCGAACGCUGCAUGUUCUAGUUUGGACAGGAUAUCUGCUUCAGUAUUUUCGAUUCUGGAUAUCUGGUCGAGCACCACCUGUUCAAAUUUAUGUAUCUGCUCCUCGACCAUUUCCUUGUAUGCCUUCAUCCUUUCUUCUUUGGCCUCAGCCGUGCCGUUCACUUGAUGUACCACCAGUUGACUGUCCGAUCUCACUUUUAACCGAUCGGCGCCCAGGGCCCUUGCAUACUUUAAACCAGCAAUGAGAGCCUCAUAUUCAGCCUCAUUGUUGGUCACCUUGAAAUCAAAAUGAAUGGAAUAAUACGCUUUGAACCCCUCGGGCGAUGUGAUCACAGCUCCAGCUCCACAACCUUUGGCACUAGAUGCUCCAUCCACGUACAUUUCCCACCAGUUAUCCAGCCCGUCGUUCUCUGAAUCUUUUUCUGAGGGCCGGGCGGUACAUUCUGCAAUGAAAUCUGCCAGGGCCUGCCCUUUGAUAGUAGGCCGGGGUUUGAAAUCUACCUCGUACUGCCCGAUCAGGAGACUCCACUUGGUAAUGCGCCCACUUGCCAUAGGAUUUCUCAAGAUGGUGGAUAAUGGUUGGGUAGUAUAUACAGUUACCGGGUGGGUUUGGAAAUACGGGGCCAGGCGUUUAAUGGCAGCUAUCAGGGCCAGUAUAUUCUUUUCUAGCAAGGUGUACCUGGUUUCCGGGCCGUUCAACGCCUUGCUCACAAAAUAGAUUGGCCGUUGAACGCCAUCUUCUUCUUUCAGCAGAACCGUGCUUACGGCCAAGUCGGCUACAGCCAGGUACAUAUACAGAUGUUCCCCUGGU